AUGAACACAAGUACAUCCAACGACUGCUCAUCAGACUACCUGCAGAUUUUUGACGGACAAUCGACGUCACCCAGAUUGUUUGAUAAAAUGUGUACAACAUGGCAGCCACUCACAGUGUCAACAGAAAAUAACAUGCACAUUGUGUUUAGGACAACAGGAAGAUUACAAUUUAUCGCCAACUACAACAUAUAUGGCAGACACUCUACACUAUAUGAGAUAGGCAAGUUGGCAAGUCCUGGAUAUCCCUUAGGAUAUUUGAAUAAUCAGGAAAUUACAUGGAAUCUAUCAGCACGUGCUGAUUCACGUCUCAUUUUAAAUCUAUCGUUUGUGGAAACAGAGUCUUGUGGCACAGACUAUAUCACCGUGUACGACGGAGCUACUAAAAAUGCUCCAAGUUUUAACACCUUUUGUGGUAUGGGAGUCUCAGGACUGAUUGUAUCGACAACAAACAACUUUUUUGUAACGUUUAAAACAGACAGCUCUGAAACAUACAGAGGAUUUUAUGGAGAGUUCUAUUCACACGAUAACCACAUCACACUGAAAAAGUCUCAAGGUAAUAUCUCCAGCCCGCGAUAUCCAUUUGGCAAACUUGACAACAUGAUAUACACCUGGACUAUACAGGGCAAAGCUGACAGUUAUAUUGUCCUCAAUAUUUUAAACUUUGAAUUACGGGAUAACAAGCAGAACGACAUCCUAAGUAUAUUUGAUGGACCGACAACAUUUUCACCGAUGUUUGGGAGUCUGACGGUGAAACCUGAAUUAAUGGCAUCAACAGGAAAUUCAAUGUUCAUUUUGUUAAAAAACCCCAAACAAGGCUUUAAUGGAACUUAUGAGAUAAGAGUUGUCAUGCUUCUUAGAAACCUCAUGCCAGCAAAAGGUAUUUGUAAUGGCACUAGACUGACUGUUACCAGCAUUCACCGCAACGUACUGGAGUGUAAAGCUAUCGCAGCUUCUACCUCACAAACUGUCCUUAUUCCCCGGAUAUCCCUGACUUCAUCAGACUCAAAUUUGUCUUUUAUAUUUACGCACAGACAAUUCCCUGUCAGAUAA